AUGUCAAACAACGCAGAACCCGGGCCAGAUGGUGACUUAUCUCCAGAGAAAAUCCUUCUAGAAGAUUGCAUAACCCAUUUGAAAGCCACCGACCCGACCGAGUGCAAUAACCGACAUCAACAAUUCAACGAAUGGAGCGACUUGGAGUUCAAGCGCUGCCGUCUCGAAAGAGACGCUGCUCGUCGAUAUCAAGCGAUACUCAUUCUUGAGAAUAAGCUUCAUGACGAGUACAAACGGCAAGAUGAUGAGAGAGAGCUACGUAAAAGAGACAUUAUCAAGUUUAUGGAAGUCUUUGACAGGUAUUAUGAAGCCCUUUUCAAUUCUUCGAUGCUUAACUUGGUUUGUUUGCACUUUGGCGAGGAUCCAAAUUUGCUCGAUUGGAAAACUGUGCUAGGUCAAGAUGAUGACCUCCUUGAAAUGGAUGUUCGUGCUGAGCUCAUCAACAUCGAAGCUGACGAAGAGAUGGCGGAAGCCGGCGAGGAUAAGGUGGAGGGUGCGGUUCUACAGGAACCAGAACACUUGCCUGUCCCAAAGCCAAUCAAUAAACUAGCAUUUGGUUUCUCAAGAAUGGACAAAGUACCUCAGAUGACUUUGAUGAAGCCGACAAAAGCGACAUCAACCCCAUCAAGAACGCCUGAGCCGGAGAAGCAAUUACCCGUGAUGCCACUACCAUCAGGUAUUCUUGCCAUGCUUGGGGAACAAGAUGAUAGUUCAUUGAUUGGACGUGAGCCAGAUCCAACGACGUGUGAAAAGCCAUCUGCACUGUAUAUGAAACCGUUCGCAAAAACAAUACAGGCAAUAACUUCAUCACAAUCGUCAACCCCGAACCCAGAGAUACCGCCCACGAUAGCUGUGCAUGGGCCAGCGACCUCACCAUCAACGACAACUGCCCUCCCUAUGACACCCCCCAAAACACCAGCUGUUAAAGUGAUGAAGGUAUCACCGCUUGGCAAGAGUUCAUAUGUCAGUGCCAGUCUUGCUAGUCCCAAGUCAGACUCAAUUGAGUACCAAAGCAAACGCACCUUGCUCUUUGCAAAUCAACGGCCUCCAAAACGUCGCAAGCGUACGCAACGGAAGCCACUCACAGACCGGACAAUCCCAUUUGCCGAGGUAUACGAUAAUGGGAAAGCACACCACGAAAUCACCGAGUUCCCUCCAGGCAGUGGCCAUUACUAUAUAUUUCAGUGCAAGGUCCCUGGCCAUGAUGUCUCCUUUAGCAAGCCUAGAACACCCAAAGACGGUCAACUGAGACGCUCCGCACCGAUCAGGAGUGCUGGUGUCCAUUGUGGUCAUCGCCACGGGACCGAUCGGAGCGCAAAGACUGCGAUUCGAGAGGUUGGGUACUGCGUCACAGACUGUACUCCUGCACUGAAAGAACUCAAUAAUGCUGCGUUCAGCGCUAGAUUUUGGGCAACUUACAAAUGUGAAGAUUGGCCCUAUGAUGGCGUCCCGAAGAACAUGGGGAAACAAACAAAAGACACCAGCCGCGAAGAAACAAACGAACCAUCUACAGCAACGCAAGGUUCCACGUUCACUACUACGAAGCGUCGAGUAAUCUCUACAGCGGAGUAUUUUGCUUCGCGCGGUGCAGUCUCUUCGCCUAAGCGAUUGGAGACGACGAACAGUGUUCCCGAGACUAAGACUACUGAAGUCGCAAAUCCAGAAGACAGUGACGAUGAGCCUCUGGUCAGGUUGAGGCUGAAGAGAUCCGACAGGUAUUCCAUGUCGGCAACAACCAACAGUGAGCCUCUAUAUCAGAGUCGAAAAGGCCUCAUCCUCCCAAACCCAAAUCAACCCCGACUUGGGCAACUUGCGGUGACCAACGGCCGUUCGAACGAGCAGACUGCAACGACACAUCUGUCUAUACCUACGACAUCAAACACAAAUUCGGGGCCACCUCUGCGCCUGUAA